CUCCAACAAUCGGAGCGUCACCCGGCAACCGGGCCUGAGCGUCGCUCAGCAACCGGCGCUCCCGCAGCGACCGCGACUACGGCCUCGGCCUGGGAGGUGAAGCUCUGGCCCCAGCUUCCUGGUUCCGCGACUAGUUAUCGUUUCCUGCUCCGAGCUGUUGCCCAUCGCCAGGGGCGGAUCGGGACCCGGCUUCGGCUGGUGCCGGGGGAAGAAGCCGGCAGAGAGGCCCAUCAUGGUUUGCAGAGCCGUCAGUGCAGUGGGAGUGUCACAGUAAUUUCACUCAUGGGUGAUGAGGAAUUUGCUUCAACGAUGGAGGACAUGGAUACAUCUGAUACACAAUGGAGCUGGUACUACUUGGGGGAAUGUGGAAAAUGGCACAUUUAUGAGAAGGAUCCCAAUAUUCCACAUUCUGUAAGCAGCGAAGAUAUCGAAAGAAAUUUUAAGGAGAAUUCACACGGUGUGCUUUCAUUUUCCACUGCAAAAUACAACUACAUAAUAGAUUUCAGAGAAAUGAAACAAACAAACACAGCAACUGGAAAGGAGAGGCCUGUGAAACGUGCAGACUUCUCUGUCACUGCUUUCAGUUUUAUAUGUGGAAAUGCGGAAAUUCCUAUUCCUUUGCAUUGGGAGAAUAUAGAUCGAGACAAACCGUACCAGCUCUGUCCAUUGCAUAAAUCUACAAAUGAAUAUCAGGAAGUCGCAAAACUCUUUGGACAAACAAUGGAUCAGAACCGAAUCAUGCAAAUUCAAAGAAUUCAGAAUUUAGACUUAUGGGAGUUCUAUUGCAGAAAAAAAGCCCAUUUGAAGAAGAUUAAAAAUGUUUUGGAAGUGAAUGAAAGAUUGCUUUUUCACGGUACGAGCAAUGAAUUUGUGCAAACAAUAUGUUUACAGAAUUUUGACUGGAGAAUAAAUGGAAUGCAUGCUACUGUUUAUGGAAAAGGGACUUAUUUUGCUCGUGAUGCCUCAUACUCCAGCCGUUAUUGCCAAUCUAAUGAGAAGUCUGUAGCAACAUUGAAGCCAGAUCAGGGGAAGCCACAACUUAAAACAAUGUUUCUUGCUCGAGUUCUUGUGGGUGAUUAUGUUACAGGAUAUCCCAAAUAUACCCGUCCUCCUUCCAAAGAUGGAAGUCUGGUGAACCUGUAUGACAGCUGUGUGGACAACCAGUGGAAUCCAAAGAUUUUUGUAAUAUUUGAUGCUAACCAUAUCUAUCCAGAAUACCUGAUUAGUUUCUGUUAAAGAGAACUGAAGAAAUUACUACUGAAAUUAUCAGGUAAUGAAAUGGGAAAGACACAUUAAAAUGCAAUGAAAUGUUCUAAAUUUAACAUUUCUUGAAACAAUCAGACCCAUUUGAACUCCCUUGCAAAGAUGGAAUAAAUAUAAAUACCAAGGAGAUGGUCUAUCAGCUCUUUUCCACUAACCAAUAGGCUUCUUGGGACUUUUCACUCUGUGGACAAAACAAUGGUCUUUAGCAGGAACUCUAUUGUCUUUGUGGGAAUCAAUGCACAGAAUAUCUGAUAUCCACUCUGCACAUUAAAAUCUGGAGGUAUUGAAAAAGAGAACACUUGAAGUUUGGUGCUGAAGAAUUUUUGAGGUAGAGAGGGAAGAAGUCUUAAACUUCUUUUUCCUGUGGGCAGAACCUUCUUCGCCAUGUCUCCAAGUCUUUGCUAUUCAUGUUCUUUUUCUCAGGCCAGAUUACCCGAGUGUAGCCUUCCUGUAGUGUGGUGCUUUGGUACACUUGAAGCCUAGCUUCUCCCCAUGCAUUGUACUCAUAAUUCUGAGUCUCUUUGGAUUGACAAGCAACUGGAUGGACUGCGGACUAGCUGUUCUCGUGAGGCACGGUGUGAAGGUUUGUUUAAUAACAUUAUCUCAAUCGUUUUACAUCUUUAGAGUAAAAAUUCAGGCAACUAUUUCAAUUAGUCAUUAGCCUUAUGGGCAAAACAACAAUGUUGUCUUUCUACCUCAUUUUCUCUUUUUGGAGUAUUGGAGAGCGUGGAACACAGUAUCCUGAUGUGUUACACUUUUGUUUUUAUUUUAUUAUUUUUAAAGGCAUGGGGACAUGCUUGUCUUCAUUGUGCAAGUCAUUGAAUAUAAGUGUUGGGCUAUCCUGUCUGCAGCUGUACUAUAUAUUGGUUAGGCAGAACUAAAUGUUCUUCAAAAAUUCAAAGUAAAUUUAUUAUCAAAGUACAUAUUCCACCACAUACAACCCUAAGUUUAAUUUUCUUGAGGACUGUAAUGUUGAAUCAGGUUUGCAGGUCCGGCAAGUGAGACAGGAAAUGCACCGACUUUGAAAGGGUAUAUGAAUCAUUUAUUUGCAAACAAUUAAAAUUCGACCAGAUAUUCAUGUUUCUCAAGUUACAGACAAUACAAAGCUGAAUAUUCAACAAACAUAGUACAUUCAGCAAACAUAAUUAAAAGUGCACGCAGAGCAUACUUUUCCAAUCAUCAUGUGCAUUAUUGCCUAAAACAAAGGAAGAAGCAAGCAACCCCCUACCAUGUGCUAUUUUAUAUACCCAGGAUAUUUGACACUGGACACCAGGCAGCUAUCCAAUGGGAAAAGCAGCUGCCAUUUCUGAACUAAUCACAAUGGAAAUGGCUUUUGACAAUCAGAAUAAGGGACACCCUGCCACAGGACACGGACAUAUGAAGUAAAUUCAUGAAAAACAAUGAAAUCAAUGAAAGACCACACCCAACAGGAUGGACAUAUGACUAACAUGCUACAGACAACAAACUGUGCAAAUACAAAAGAAAAAUUAAUUAAUUAAUGUUGUUUAGAGAGGCAUGAGAAGGCCUUUGCGAGUAGGGUAAAGGCAUUCUUCAAUUACGUGAAGAACAAAAGGAUGACAGGAGUGAAGGUAGGACCAAUUAGAGAUAAAGGUGGGAAGAUGUGCUUGGAGGCUGUGGAAGUGAGCGAGGUCCUCAAUGAAUACUUCUCUUCGGUAUUCACCAAUGAGAGGGAACUUGAUGACGAUGAGGACAAUAUGAGUGAGGUUGAUAUUCUGGAGCAUGUUGAUAUUAAGGGAGAGGAGCUGUUGGAGUUAUUAAAAUACAGUAGGAUGGAUAAGUCCCCGGGGCCUGACGAAAUAUUCCCCAGGCUGCUCCAUGAGGCGAGGGAAGAGAUUGCUGAGCCUCUGGCUAGGAUCUUUAUGUCCUAGUUGUCUUCGGGACUGGUACCAGAGGAUUGCAGGGAGGUGAAUGUUGUCCCCUUGUUCAAAAAAGGUAGUAGGGAUAGUCCGGGUAAUUAUAGACCAGUGAGCCUUACAUCUGUGUUGGGAAAGCUGUUGGAAAAGAUUCUUAGAGAUAGGAUCUCUGGGCAUUUAGAGAAUCAUGGUCUGAUCAGGGACAGUCAGCAUGGCUUUGUGAAGGGCAGAUCAUGUCUAACAAGCCUGAUAGAGUUCUUUGAGGAGGUGACCAGGCAUAUAGAUGAGAGUAGUGUAGUGGAUGUGAUCUAUAUGGAUUUUAGUAAGGUACUUGACAAGGUUCCACAUGGUGGGCUUAUUCAGAAAGUUGGAAGGCAUGGGAUCCAGGGAAGUUUGGCCAGGUGGAUUCAGAAUUGGCUUGCCUGCAAAAGGCAGAGGGUCGUGGUGGAGGGAGUACAUUCGGAUUGGAGGGUUGUGACUAGUGGUGUCCCACAAGGAUCUGUUCUGGGACCUCUACUUUUCAUGAUUUUUAUUAAUGACCUGGAUGUCGAGGGUAGAAGGGUGGGUUGGCAAGUUUGCAGACGACACGAAGGUUAGUGGUGAUGUAGAUAGUGUAGAGGAUUGUCGAAGAUUGCAGAGAGAAAUUGAUGGAACGAAGAAGUGGGCUGAGAAGUGGCAGAUGGAGUUCAACCUGGAGAAGUGUGAGGUGGUACACUUUGGAAGGACAAACUCCAAGGCAGAAUACAAAGUAAAUGGCAGGAUACUUGGUAGUGUGGAGGAGCAGAGGGAUCUGGGGGUACACGUCCACAGAUCCCUGAAAGUUGCCUCACAGGUAGAUAGGGUAGUUAAGAAAGCUUACGGGGUGUUAACUUUCAUAAGUCGAGGGAUAGAGUUUAAGAGUCGUGAGGUAAUGAUGCAGCUCUAUAAAACUCUGAUUAGGUCACACUUGGAGUACUGUGUCCAGUUCUGGUCGCCUCACUAUAGGAAGGAUGUGGAAGUAUCGUAAAGGGUACGGAGGAGAUUUACCAGGAUGCCGCCUGGUUUAGAGAGUAUGCAUUAUGAUCAGAGAUUAAGGGAGCUAGGGCUUUACUCUUUGGAUUGAAGGAGGAUGAGAGGAGACAUGAUAGAGGUAUACAAGGUAUUAACAGGAAUAGAUAGAAUAGAUUGCUCAAUACAAGGGGACAUGGCUUUAAGGUGAGGGAUGGGAAGUUCAAGGGGAAGAGUAGAGGAAGGUUUUUUACUCAGAGAGUGGUUGGUGCGUGGAAUACACUGCCUGAGUCAGUGGUGGAGGCAGAUACACUAGUGAAAUUUAAGGGACUACUAGACAGGUAUAUGGAGGAAUUUAAGGUGGGGGGGUUAUAUGGGAGGCAGGGUUUGAGGGUCGGCACAACAAGGUGGGCCGAAGGGCCUGUACUGUGCUGUACUAUUCUAUGUUCUUCUAGAAGCAUUCUUCUAGGGUGCAUCACAACCUGGUAUGGAAGUUGUCCUGUCCAAGACCGGAAGAAGCUGCAGAAGAUCGUGAACACAGCGCAGCACAUCACACAAACCAGUCUUCUGUCCUUGGACUCACUUUACGCCGCAUGCUGUCGGAGCAGUGCUGCCAGGAUAAUCAAGGACACGGCCCACCCAGCCAACACACUUUUUGUCCCUCUUCCCUCCGGGAGAAGGCUCAGGAGCUUGAAGACUCAUAUGGCCAUAUUUGGGAACAGCUUUUUUCCAACUGUGAUAAGACUGCUGAACGGAUCCUGACCUGGAUCUGGGCCGUGCCCUCCAAAUAUCCGGACCUGCCUCUCGGUUUUUUUGCACUACCUUACUUUCCAUUAUUCUAUCUUGUAUUUAUGAUUUAUAAUUUAAUUUUUUAAUAUUUACUAAUUUUUACUAUUUUUAAUAUUUAAUAUUUGUAAUCCAGGGAGUUGGAAGCGCAGAAUCAAAUAUCGCUGUGAUGAUUGUACAUUCUAGUAUCAAUUGU